AUCCUGGCAACACGCCGAUAGGCGCGAUCGCACGAUGAGAAUUGGUUUUGGGGUAUUCGUACAUUCAUUUCUUAAGCCGCCGUAAAUCAGGUAUACCUAUAUAUACCUCCACGAUGGCAGCGCCCCUGAAGGCCGUCGGCGGAUUCGCCCCGCGCGCCGUCUUCGAGGUGUCGCCCUCUAUCACGCGCUCGUAUUUCCUGGGCCACCACGCCGGCGCGCUCACCUCCAUGCGCAAGGUUCUCUCCAACAUCAACCUGAUCCUCGAGUGCCGCGACAGCCGCGUGCCCCUCACCUCGACGAACCCGCUCCUCGAGUCCGCGCUCGCUGGCCGCGACCGCAUCGUCGUGUACACCAAGGCCGAUUUGUGCGCGCCCGCUUCUGCGAACCGCUGGAUUGACAAGCAGAAAGAACUACUGACGAAAUUCCACUCCGGCUCGCCCGGGAUCGUCGCGGAAGAAGGAGGAGAGGACGGAUAUGGGGGGGCGGAGGUGGUAUUCACGGACGCGGGCAGCCCGCGAUCGAUUAAAAAGCUGAUAGACGCGGUUAAAGAGCGCGCCGUGGCGUCAGACUCGCUGACGGGCUUGCGCGCGCUCGUCGUCGGCAUGCCGAACGCGGGCAAAUCAACGCUACUCAACGCGCUACGCGCCGAGGGCGUGCAGCUCCCGAAAGCGGCGCGAACAGGCGCGCAACCCGGCAUCACGCGCAAGCUCAGCACACCCGUCCGCGUGAUUGCCGAGGACACCGCUGCAGGGCUAGAAGGCGGUGUCUUCGUGGUCGAUACCCCGGGUGUCUUCGUGCCCUACGUCACUGACGUCGAGGCCAUGCUCAAGCUAUCGCUGGUCGGCUGCGUCAAGGACGGCCUAGUCCCCGCCGAAACCGUCGCUGAUUACCUGCUGUUCCGGCUGAACCUGCGGGAUCCGGAAAUGUACAGCGAGCUCAGUUCGCCGACGAACGAUAUCCGCGAGUUUCUUGAUAAUAUCGCCGUGCGCACGGGUAAGCUGCUGAAGGGCGGCGUGCCGAGUCAAGAACAAGCUGCGGACUGGAUCGUACAGCAGUGGCGCAAGGGCAAUCUGGGCCGCUUUGGGCUCGACGACGUUAGCGAGGAGACCUUGGCUUCUUUGAGGGCGAAGGCGCUGGCUGGUGGCGAGCAGCAUUUGAGUAUGAACCAGGCGAAGAAGAGGGAAAAGGAGGCGCGGAAGGCGAGAAACACCGCUAAGAGGAAAGCUGCAGAGGGAAGUUGACGAUUCGGAUGAGACAUGAACUAUAUAUAUAUACAUAUCUAAAGACAAAUUAUAGAACAGACGUAUCAUCAGUCGAAGACGAUAUAUGGAGCCUAGGCGUAUUCGCCAGUAUAUUGGUAAUCCGUAUCGUCAUUGUACAUAAUGUACUUAAAGUCCUACAGUAAGGAAACGCUAUUGAGAUAUAGCAAGGUAUCAGAGGGGGUAUACUGUAGAUACAACACCGCGCCUGUAAAAUAGCAUAAAAAAAACAAAAAAAAAGGUCCCACAUCCUCU